AUGGGGGCGAGCAUGCCGCCGUGCCGGGGGAGCAUCGCCGCGGCCUCGGCCAGGGACGACGCGGUGGCGUGCGAAAGCGGCAGCCGCCUCCAGCAGGCAGCGGCGUGCCGCCAAGCUUCCAGGCCUACGAGCGGGCGGUCGCCCACGCGCGGCGUGGUGGGCCCCGACGGGGACCAGACGGAGAACGACGCGGUCAUCGCGGCGUGCCUCGCCGAGGACCCCGCCUGCGCGUCCCGCGACGAGUACGAGCGGCGCCGCCAGCUCGAGGAGCAGGAGAGCUGGGCCGUGGCCCUCAUGCUCCAGCAGAUGGAGCGGGACGAGUUCGAGAGGCUGCGGCAGGAGCGGGUGAGGGCCGCGGCGGUGGCGGACGAGGCCGCCGCUGGCAGGGAGCCACGCCUGGACGCGGGUCGACAGCGGACGGCGCAGCGCUGUGGCGGGCGGCCCCACCCCGGAUGUCUGCUGCGCCUGCCUGGACCGCAGGACGGGGCGAACGUCCUGCUGGUGCCGUGCGGCCACCGGACGGUCUGCAGGGCCUGCGCCAGGAAACUCCGACCUCCGAGGUGCCCCGUGUGCCGGCACGACGUCCAGCAGAUCUCGGUGAUCGGGUGA